CCGCCGGGCCGCCGGAGGGAGUCGCCUAUUUAGGGUGCAGCGGCGGGUGGGAGCGGUGCGCCCAUGGCGGCCCUGGGGGACGAGGUGCUGGAUGGUUACGUGUUCCCAGCGUGCGCCCCCUGCUCGUACCCGUACCCCAACCCGGCGGCCACCAAGGGCAGGAGCGCGGCGGGCGGCAGCUGGCAGCACCGCGGCGGGGGCUGCCUUCCCGCCUCCUCGACCUCCUCCCCAUUCUCGGCGGGCGCGGCCUCAUCUUCCUUCCCCGGCUGCAGGCAGCUGACGGCCGCCGAGUACUUCGACAGCUACCAGCGGGCGCAGCUCAUGGCACUCCUGGCGCAGGUGGGGCCUGGCCUCGGGCGGCGCGCCCGCGCCCGCAGGGUCUGCAGCUGCGACGUGGCAGUGCAGGUGAGCCCGCGCGUCGACGCUGCGGUGCAGUGCUCGCUGGGGAGGCGCACGCUGCAGCGCCGGGCCCGCGACCCCCAGUCCCCGGCCGGCCCCGGUACGGAGGGCACAACCGGCGGCGGCUCUCCCUCCCAGCUGCCGGCCCGCCGGGGCCCAGAGCAGGGCAGCCCCCUGAGCGGCGCCCCGCGGCCCGUGCGCUUUCCCCGCACCGUCGCGGUGUACUCGUCCGUGGCCUCACGCCGCGUCACCGCCUUCCUGAGGGGACCCGGGCCCAGGGCCGCGGCGGGGGAGCAGAGAUCGCCGCCCGUGCGACUUCAAGGCCCAGAGGAGGGAGAGGCGUCGGCGAGCAAAGUGCCCCGACCGCCGCAGUCCGAGGACGACGAGGACGACGGCGAGGUCCAGGCCGCGGUCCGGACGAGCGGGGAGCUGCCGGCCGACGGCGCCGGGCUGCCGCCGCCGGAGGCCCAGGAGGGCUCGGCGGCUCGGGGGUCGGCGCUAAAGAGCCCGGGGCAGUCUCCGCCAGCGGGGAGGGCCCGAGACGGCGGCGACGGGCGGGAGGCGGCCGCCGCCGGAGAGAGGCAGUCGCCACGGAGCCCGGAGCCGUGCAAGGAGCGGCUGCGCUUCCAGUUCUUAGAGCAGAAAUAUGGCUAUUACCACUGCAAGGACUGCAACAUCCGAUGGGAGAGUGCUUACGUGUGGUGUGUACAGGGAACUAACAAGGUUUACUUCAAACAGUUUUGCAGAACUUGUCAGAAGUCUUAUAACCCUUACCGAGUGGAGGAUAUCGCCUGUAAAAGUUGUAAACAAACUAAAUGUUCCUGCCCAGUAAAACUUCGCCACGUGGAUCCUAAACGGCCCCAUCGUCAAGAUUUGUGCGGGAGAUGCAAAGGCAAACGCCUGUCCUGUGACAGCACUUUCAGCUUCAAAUACAUCAUUUAAGUGAAAGUGUUGCUGUGCUGAUGGAGCAAGUGAGCUUUUCUGUGCCUCUUCUCUUGCUUCUCAAAAUGCUUCGUGAAAGGCAGUGUAUUCUGAAAAAGCCUUCCAAUAAAGGUUAUGCUACUGUUUUAUGUGAGCAGUCUUCACUCAUAGGCCUGGAUGAGUCUUUUCCAAGAAAGCGUGUCAUGAUUUCCUAAAUUUAAGAAGCAGCAUCAAGAAACUGGCAGAUUGCUGCUUUUUCUGUUGUCUUACAAACAUACUAUCUAAAAAUGAUAAAUGUAGUGGGCAAAAGAAAAAGGUAUGUAGCAAAAACUGGACUCCAAAUGGAACUAAAUCAGGUAAUAAAUGCUAACUUGGGAUUCAGAGGAUGAGGAGCAGAGAAGUGUAGGCUGGAGGAAAAUGCCGUUGCAGAAGGCCAUCCUAAUGAACUUGUUUGCAUUUUGCUUGCUGCAGGUACAUUCAUUUUUAUUAUAUUAUUAAUAGACUUAGUUACAUAUAAACAUAAAAAACAAAUAUCAACUGUUUGAAAGGUUGGUUGGGUAGUCAACUAAUUUUGUUCUUUUUUAAGGCAAUUCAAGAAGAAAGUAACAUCUGAAAGGGUUCUAAAUGAUGCACACUAGAAUCAUUCAUUCUUUGUUAAAAUACAACACAAACCAACAGCUACAAUGCUUUUUAUUUUUAACAGAAAGGAUGUAAGGAGGGUGAGAAAAAUAGGGGAUAGUAAGGUAGGAUGUAAAGUGUGAUGUAUCUCUGGACCCCAUCCCUCUCUGCCUGCCCCACCCCCAAAAGUUUUAAAUAAUUUAAAGGACACCAUUUACAGUACCAGAAUACCAUCAAAAUAAUUGUCUUUAUCAGGGUCAAAAAAUACAGUGAUUAUGAAUGAGCAGUGACCAGUUAUGGAAUUUUACUGGAAACGUAACUGUGGUCAGCAGUCCAAUGGUGUGCACAAUGCCUUCAAUUAAUGCACUUGAGCAUACGUAAUUACAUUUCUGGCAGGGUCCACACCAAGAAAAGGUAAAGCUAAGCAUUUCAUCUCUACAUUCUAAACUCUGGAAUCACAGAGCCCAGUUUAAAAGAAAAGUCACAGUGGAUAAGAGAUGUAUAUAAAAAAUACAAGGUGUUUCUUUCAAUCAGGAGUUGUGGGACUACAUUUUUUUUUUUUCCUUUUCUUACAAAAUGCUAUUUAAAAAAGGAUAGAGACUCCAGUUCAUGUUAUACUACAGACUUAGACAGUGAAUAAGUAUAUUGCAUGUUUUGGUAGUCUUCAGGCUUCCUUUCAUUUCCCCUAGCCCCAAGUUUCUUUAGGGUAAAAUAUGUGAGUCCUGAAUAAACACAGAAAAGUGCAUUUGCAGCUCUUUUCUUGAAUUCUGCAGACUUCAAAGCCUGCAAGUCAUAAAUUCCAUCAUCAAUGACCACAUUUUUUUCUUUAGCUUUGUACACCUAUUCUUGUAUAAUAACAGUGCAUGGCACAAAUGUACAAGAAAAUACUGGUUUUAGUCUAUACAGUUUCUAUAUGGAGCAAAAUAAGUUAACUUUUCUAAUGAGAAUAGCUGACGGGCAGCAUACAUCUUUAUUUUACAUUUUAAAGUCUCUGCAGGCAUCUACUUUGGUUAGUUAUCAACAAUCGUAACAUAAGCACUGAUCAGAGAACUGAGCAGCAUUCCAAUAAUGUUAACAGAUAUAUUAUUUC